AUGUUGGCAGUAACCAAGCAGUGCGUCCGUGUGUCGCUUCACAAUCACGUCUUCACCAUGGUUUCAGUCCAUCACAUCUGGCGCUCGCACAUGCUCCUGAUUCUGGAGCGCAGUGCUUCACGUCUGUAUGCGCACUCAGAAGCCGGGGGCCCGCAGACCGCCAGCGCCGCCUCGCCACAUCAAUUUCGCCAUCAGAGAGCCGCCACGCUGGAGGGCAGGACAUUUCAGCAGCAGCGAGCGCUCAGCGCGAGAACUCUUCAGCACGGAGAUCCCGGUCGCGAUUUCAAGCGCCCGUCUGUCACGCCGCCGCAGAUGCCUCCUUCAGUCACAGCGCCGGCUCCGCAGGAGCCACUCGCCUCCAAAGUGCCAUUACGAUUGCAGAUCAAAGUGUCUGGUCAGAGAGGCAGUUUGGGCAUCAGCAUCGCUGGAGGGAAAGGCUCUCUGCCGUACAAGGAUCACGAUGAGGUGCUGAGACGCACGAGGUGCCCUCGUUGUCUUCAGAACUGUGUUGACAGCAGCUGUCAUUUGUCCUCGCAGGGUAUUUUCAUCUCCAGAGUAACAAAGGGUGGACCCUCGGAGAAGGCUGGGGUCCAUGUGGGAGACAGACUUCUGGAGGUCAACAGCCUCAACAUGCAGGGGGCCACUCAUUUGGAGGCUGUCAGUGCAUUAAGAAACGCGGGGAGCUGCAUCAGCAUGCGAGUGCUCAGGGACAACGUGCACCCCAGCAUGGUGAACAGACCCCAAUACCCUCAGGAGGCGCCCGGUACCCAGUGGUGCUCCGCUCAGGAGUGCGGAGCCCAGAGCUGGCAGAUGAAGAGCUCAGAGCGCUGCGCCACGCAGGAUAUUGUCGCAGUCGUCUGCAACGGCAAUGGCAUUUCUGAGCUGCAGAGAACAAUGAAUUGGAUGUUCAGUCCUACAGAAGCCAUGACAAGCAACGACUCGCAAGAAGAGGAGAAACACUCAAUGACAAUCCCGCGGAUUAUCCUCACCCAUCCUUCCACCUCCGAUGAUGAUGGAGAGCUCUUGACCCAAAUACAAAGCAGAGAGCUGCAACAGGACCGAAAUGUUCCUGACCGCCCGACGCAGCCGGACAGCUUCGACAGUGCUUUCUAUCCGCCCUGAAGAUGGCGGACAACAGCGUUCGCAUCACCCGUGCUCUCUCUUGUGUUCCUACUGAUGAUGCUGACAUA